GGAUUUUAAAAUGUGAGUCUAAAGCAACACUUGAACCCUUUUGUAUCAAAAGUAAUUGCAGAAUGGACGCAUAAAUACAUAAUUAAUUAUGGCAUUCAAUGCAAACGAAUUAUUGUAAGACGCAGGACCUCUGAAGAAAAGGAUACUUCAGAAUUGGGCAAGUCCGUAGUGAAGAAACUUGGGGUUAUAUUUCCGCAACAUGAUCCAUCUCAGAUCAAGAAAAUUGUCAUGGAAACAGAGGAGUUCUGGGAGGGGUGCCAAGCAACACACUAUGAACUGAUGAACGUUUGUUCAGAGAAGUUGGCAAUGACCCCACUUGUAGAGGACAGAUCUGAAAGAGAUGCAUAUGGACUCUCAGUCCUGCAAAAUGAGGUUUUUAAAGAACUGGUGGAAAUGUUUCCAAACAUCGCAUCAGACACAGUAUGCAAGUCAGUGCAGCACACAACCAACCAGUCGGACAUCAAGUAUACACUCUUACAGAACUGUAUCGAUGACCUCUUGGAAGGGCGUACGGCCUAUGGAUUGAUUGAAAACAGUUUACGUGUUGACUCUAGUGACUAUGAAGAUUUGAGUUUCCAUGACAUCGACCACAAGUCUGCGUCUGUUGAUGACUCUAUGACGCAUGAAGACUCAAGUUUCGAUGACAAUGACUACAAGUCUGAUGAAGAUGUACUGAGUGGUGAAGAUGAUGAGGCAGACGAUUCAACUGCAAAUCUUGUACUCAAGUUACCAGAUCACUUCUCCAUUAAAGAGGAAGAAGGAGUAGCCACACCAGAUGAUUCUGCUGUCAAAACAAAAAUGGACACAGAGGAUGUGGUGAUCACAGGAGUGGGCAAGAUUCCUAUAUAUGAGGUUGACGCCCUGCUUGCAGAUGACUCGGAGCCAGAUAGGUCCCAACUGUAUGUCAAGGUCAGAUGGUUGCCCCGAGAGACCAGCGAGGCAGAGGUCAGAAACCACUUCAGCAGGGCUGGACCCAUCCAGAAAGUGGGCUUCUUGAAACAGAAACAGAGGGGUAAAGUCACAAAGAACGCCAAAGUGUACUUCACAGAUGCGAUUUCUGCACAAGUAGCUGUCACUUUGUUCAAUCGUAAGAAAUUCAAAGGCCGUAAUAUUAGAGUUACAUUAUGCCACAAACAGUUGACACGGCAGAGAGCCAACAAAAACACAGGGUCAGUUAAACAAGGCAUUGAUGACUUAAAGAAUGUAGUAAACUCUACUGAACAAGCAGUUAUAAAGAUUAAACAAGAAGCUCUGGGUGUUGAUGAUGCCAUGAAAAACACUGUUGCAGUUGGGAACAGAAUCCAAAUAGUUGAUAACAAUGACAGCUUUGCCUCUGGAACAAAGAUUAAGUCUGAACAAUACAGUGAUGAUAAUGUAAAGGAACACCAAGAUAGAAUAGUAGAAAUUAAAGGAAACUUAGUGGAAGUAAAGAGUGAAAAGAUAGAGAAAACAGCAAGUGCUACUUCAGGUCCAGACCUUAUGGAAUCUGACAGUCUUGAUUCUUUGCCAUCCCUGAAUGGUCAGAAUGAUAAUUUGUUCAUCGAUAGGACUGAACAAAUAUUAAAUACCUCCACAACUGAAAAAGAAUCAGACACAAAACUUCUGAAGACUCCAGACCAAAUUGCUGGCACUAGAGUAAGUAUUUCUUUGUCUGACAGUGGAAUAAGUACUGAAGAUGAGGGAAAGAAUUGUAAUUUACUUGUAUCCCCAAUUAUUAAAAUGUGUUCGGAUAAAUCACAAUCGUAUAUGAAGCAACCACCUAGUAUUAUUGUUCGUGGGAAAGUAGAUUCUAAUGAGGACACUAUUGAUAAUGAAGUUGCAGCAUGUUUGAAGUCCACAUACAGGAAGAGCAUCUUGAGUGAUUCUGAUGGUACUCCAUCAAUAAGUCCUGUCAGUACUGACUCAAAUGAUUCAGAUCUACCAGAGAUCAAGUUCAUUAGGAGACUUAGAGAUGAUGAUGCCUACAAAUUGCUGGCAAAGCCAAAAGCAGAACCUGCAAACAACAAAGUUGGCUUACAUUCUGAUAAACCAGCCACUGCAACUACUGCCACGGCCUUGGGGCUGAAUAUUACUAAGGAUGAAAAAGAAAUAAUGGCUGUAGCAGGUGAAUCAUCAGCUUCAAAACCAUCAACAAGUCGGUCAGAUUUUGAACCGUCUUCAAGUUGGUCUACCCCUUCAGAUGACAGAACAAACUGGAGAGAGCCCAAGUCUAAGUCCAGUUCAAGCAAAAAAGAGCUGACAGAAGAAAUCUACCAGACAUCUUCUAUUCAUAAAAGCAAAUCUCAGCAAACCUUGACAAUCAAGUCCACACACAAGAUAACAUACAGCCAACCAAACUCCAGUACUGCUAGCAGAAAUGUGAAUAUCCAACCGCCAAAAAUCUUGCUGAGUUUGACCCCUGACUUCUCAGAUGAGGACUAUAUGGAUGUAACUGAUGAUCCUGUGUUUGCAGAACCAACUAGCCAACCUGCACUUCUGAGAGUGGAUGAAACCUGUAAUACACUUCAGCAGAACAAGUACAACACCAUGAGGUGCAGGGGGUGUGGAGAUUGUUUCGAUGCAACUACCUUGGCUUCACAUCAGUUGAAAUGUAAAGCCCAGAAUCGCCAGGAAGAUGAUGUGUGGCACAGUUACAGGUCCCCAGAGCGAAGACAAGGUGAGAUUGAGAGACUGGUUUUUGACAACCCUGACCCUGACAAGACAUGGUGUGCAGUUUGUAGGCCGAGCAGCGACGAGUUUUUACAUCUGAAGAAAGCAAUAAAAAGCUGUUACGCAACAUUUCAUGAUGAAAUCACAAGGCUUGGUUGUUCUCAGUUGCUGUUUAAGACCUCCAGGGAACAGUAUAUGAAGGCUUUUGGUGAAUAUUUAACAACAGGGUAUUUUUUUGCACCUAAAUUUUUGAUUCCGUGGCUGGAGAAUUCUGCAGCCAAUGCAUAUGAAGUACCGAACGACAUUUUCAAUCAUACGUUCAAUGAAAGACAUCUCUACGGACAGGUUAGCACUAAGAACCUUAAAUUGGAUCAGUCUUCUAAAGAAUCAGGGACUCCUGGGUCUAAACAUGCAUUUGAAAUAAAGAAUUCUACAGCAGUAGAUAGGUCUGAGACCCAGCAAGACAAGAGGAAGAAAACAAAAGGCAAGCCAAAUCCUACUAUUGCUCCGCAUGUUUUAAAGCCCGCUCGCCUUCCAUUUUCACCUCAGCAUGAUGCUCAUGAGAGUAGAGCACCUGCAACUCAGGUGAGAGAUCCACCACCUGCAGCCCAGACAAUUGUGAAUCCAUCUGCAGCCCAAACAAUAGCAAAUCCAUCUGCAGCCCAGACAAUAGGGAAUCCAUCUGCAGCCAAAGCAAGAGCUAAUCCACCUGCAACCCAAGAGAUAGCUAAACCACCUGCAGCCCAAGCAAGAGCUUAUCCACCUGCAACCCGAGAGAUAGCUAAACCACCUGCAGCCCAAGCAAGAACUAAUCCACCUGCAGCUCUAAGAUUACCUAAACCACCUGCAGCCCAAGAAGGAGCUAAUCCACCUGUAGCCCAAGCCAUAGCUUAUCCACCUGCAGCUCAAGCAAUAGCUACUCCAGCUCAUUCAAAAGCUAAUCCACCUGCAGCCAAGGGCAUGGGUGUCCAACCACCAGCACCUCCAGCUGUGACAAGAAAUCGCCCUCCUCCAGCCCGAACAAAAACUAAUCCACCUGUAGCUCAAGCAGUAGCUAAUCCACCUGUAGCUCAAGCAGUAGCUAAUCCACCUGUAGCUCAAGCAGUAGCUAAUCCACCUGUAGCUCAAGCAGUAGCUAAUCCACCUGUAGCUCAAGCAGUAGGUAAUCCACCUGUAGCUCAAGCAGUAGCGAAUCCACCUGUAGCUCAAGCAGUAGCGGAUCCACCCGUAGCUCAAGCAGUAGCUAAUCAACCUGCAGCCAUAGCAGGAGCUAAUCCACCUGUAGCCCAAGCAAGAGCUAAUCCACCUGCAGGCCAAGCAAGAGCUAAUCCACCAGCUGCCCAAACAAAAGCUAAUCCAUCUUCAGCCAAGGACAGGGGUGUCCAACCACCAGCACUUCCAGCUGCAUCCAAAAAUCCACCCACUCUAGCCCAAGCAAGAGCUAAUCCGCCUUCAGCCCAAACAAGAGCUAAUCCACCUGUAGCCCAAACAAUAGCUAAUCCACCUGUAGCCCAUGGCAGGGCUGUCCAGCCAGCUGCAGCUGUGACCAGAGAGUUACCGCAUGCUUCCCAGGCAUUUGCUCAUCCUCUUGCUGCUGAGGCUGCCUUUCAACCACCAGCCCAGAUGCUAGAUCCUCCAGAGCCAAAUGCAUCAUCAGUGGAGGAAAUUAUGACAGAAGUUUUGUCGUUAUUCCCCGAUGUAGACGAGGCCUAUUUAGAGUCGUUAGCGUUGCAAGUAGCCGGACCUAUGGCUGUCAACAACAUCUGCUUCUAUCUACUGGAACGGCAAUACCCAAGAAAGAAAAGGCCUGAAACAGAUAGUGUUGAAACAGAACUUGUCAAGGAAACUAUCAACUACUUCAUUCCUGCCUUUAAAGAAAUGCAUGACGAUACUUACUAUCGAAAUGCAUCUGCUUUACUGUUGGCGGAGUUUGCUUGGUUUGGUGCUAGGUUCAUUGCCAAAGCCUUGGAAACAAUGAAGGAAUGUUACGCCCCCACGUACCGUUUCCUUGCAGAAAUCUGGAAGCAGAUUGCCAUUCAGACAAAGCUAAAAGACAAUGUCUCAAGUGUAAAAUCCAAGCUGAGUGCCAUGACCUUUGAAGUGGAAAUAGACCAGGAGAUUUCGAGGCCAGAGGCUGGGUCCAGUACUGGUACUGGGAAGGACAAGGUCAAGGUCACGCUACUGAAGUUCAGACGGCAGUUAGUUAAAUCCUCGCCACAGAUCUGUCCAGCCUUGCAGACUGAGAUAGACUGGGUCAGGGAAAAGUGCAAAGAGUUGGAGGCAGAGGCUGACCGGGAGAUUGCCAUGGGUCUGAAUGAGGAAGAGUAUGAGCUGCAGGGCCAGUGUAUAGAGUGUGGCUGCUGCUAUGGGGAGUUCCCCUUUGAGAGCAUGGUGCAGUGCUGUGACGGGCAUCUCUUCUGUCAGGGAUGUCUGCAGCAGUAUGCACGCGAGUCUGUCUUUGGCCAGGGCAAGGCUGAUCUGAAGUGUAUGACGGACAUGUGCGGCUCUUCCUUCCCGAAAAGUCAGCUGGUGAGGGCGUUACCGAGGGAGAUGCUGGCCAGAUAUGAGGACAGAGUGGCAGAGGAAAAUCUCAACCUGGCUGAUCUGGGAGAUCUCGUCAAAUGCCCACAUUGCGAGUUCCGGGCCUUCAUGGACAAGUCUGACAAAGUGUUCAGGUGCCAGAAUGACAAGUGUAUGAAGGAGACGUGUCGUUACUGCCAGGUGGGGUGGGACGAACACUUUGGGAAGCCUUGCUCUGAAGUGGAGAAAAGAGAUGAGACCAAACUGAGGCUGGAAUAUGAAGAGAAGAUGACAAAGGCGAAGGUGCGAAUGUGUCAGCGUUGUAAGGCCCAGUUCACGAAGGAGGACGGCUGCAACAAGAUGACAUGUAGAUGUGGCGCCACCAUGUGCUACAUCUGCAGGGAACCGGAUAUCAACUACAAGCACUUCUGUCAGCAUCCCCGAGAUCCUGGCUGUGCCUGUACAAGUUGCAAGGCCUGCAGUUUGUGGACCAACCCUGAAGAGGAUGACAAUCGAGCUGUGGCUGAGAUACAGAGGGCUGCUGAGGAGGAGAGGAAGGCUAAAGGCUUCACUGAUGACAAAGUGAUAGGAGUGCCGGACAUGCAGCCUCCAAAGAAGAAAAUGAAAGUGUGAAAACCACCCGUACAGGAAGGGUGAAUGGGACCCGAACUGUGCAGCCCUACAAACACUUGAAGCUCAUAUUUUUCAGUGAGCCAAUGUGGGAAAUGUGACGUAUUUUCAUUGGCUAUUUUGUAAAAGAAAACAUUACAGCUUAAACGAAUUUAAUAUCCAUAUACUUCCAUUAUGUAUGUUGUACAAUUUAUUAUACAAUGUAUAAAUAUUUGUCACAAAUAAAGCAUUUUGUAAAUAUU